UACCAGAUGAAUGAGAAAAUCGCCAUGAUAGUGGCUAUCCGAAGAACGGAGAUUCUCAGCUGUUGAGCAAUUCCGUUUGUGCCAAUGGAGCCAGAUAUGGGUAUCAACGUAUGGGAGGUUGAACACCAUCAAAACCCCAUUAAACCGGGCCUUCCUGCCCGCGUUCUGGGCCAUGAUCAUAUGGAUACGAAGGGCAUCCAGAGGCAAAGAAUGCUAGCCAAUAAAGAUGUCAUGAGCCAACAUGAAGUAAAUUUUUCGAUAUGUACCAUCCACAGAAACAUUUUCUAACCAUGGUAGCAUGUCUACGACCCUGUAUCUGGUACCAUCAGUACUCAGUCUAGCAACAAAUCCGAAUUAGCCU